GUCCUUGCAAAUCCGUCAGUAUCGCUAAGUCAAUGGAGCAUCUACCAAGGGAGCUAAUCCUCUCCAUCGGACGACUUUCACAAAACUCUACACUGUGCUCUCUAGUCCGGUGCUGUCGACGCCUCCAUGACAUCCUAGAGCCGCUGAUCUACUCGAAACUCCGUCUGGUGCCGCCAUUGAGCAAUAUCUAUGUCUCUUUGUUUAUGCGCCUAUGGCGACAUCCUGAUCUAGCACGUCUGGUGCGCCUUGUGGAGAUUCAUCUGCCAAUCUUUCGUCAGGGGCAACCCCAAUACCAGCUGAACGAGGAUAAGGUGCCUGACCUUCCUCAAUUCAUCCAGGACGUGCAGAAUGAGUUGUUCGAUCCUAAGGAUACGCGCCCACGUGUUUGGUGGGGUUCGAAAAUGAGAAGCGGCGACUGGAGUUUCUGGCUGGGGGUAAUGCUGGUCCGGUGGACACAUCUCGAAAGCGUCGAGUUUGUGGGUCUCUACAACAACCAUGCUAUUUGCGAUCUCCUGUACAGGGCCGGAAAACGGCAUCGGCCGUUCCACGAGACUCCGCCGUACCCGCUGCUGCGGCGGGUUGCGGUACGAGAUUGUGAGCAAGGGUUCGAUCUCGAAGAAGUCCUAACCCCUUUCUUCUACUUCCCGGCCGUGGAAACAGUCGAUGUGGCCCAGUUGUGGGAGGGUCGCGGAAGGGAGGAGGACUUGCUGUCGUGGCGGCGAGAGAACAGCCACGCGCGUUGCCCGGUCAGGCGGAUAACCAUUCGUUCACUGAAGCACUCCCGCGGCACCCUCACCUGGCUGGCAGACUGCUCCGAUCUGGAACAUAUUUCGUUGCACAUUGCCUGCAUCUAUGUGGGUGACCCUGAUAUACGGUUUGGCGUCCCGUUUGACCCUCCGCGCUUCCUCAGAGCGCUUCUGCCGUUCACCGACAGACUUUGAGAAGUCUGCACGUGGAGUACGAUGAAGUAUACAACGCAUUACUGAACUGCGACGAGCCGCCGGAACUCUACUAUGAGGACAUCUAUUGGCUCACAGAGGACGAGAAGAAUCUAGAUCACUGCAAUGCGCCCGUCGAUACGAUGCGCGGAUUCGAAGUUCUCGAAGAUGUGUCGCUUCGACAUGCUAAUCUCCUGCCACUCUCAGAUGGACUUUAUCCUCCAGGUAUUCUUGUCCAUCGACUUCCGCGAUCUCUUCGACGUCUUCAAGUUUUCGACGUCCUGAGGAGUCGCAGUGCAGAUCUGCUAUCGGAAAUAUUCAUUCUUGUCUCUGCUAAGUGCGAGGACUUUCCCUGCCUGGAACACAUCCAGCUACCGAGCGAGUCAAUCAACGAGACGUCAUUCCAUUCCUUAGAUUUGCACUGCAAGA